AUGGAUCUACCUUAUUACCAUGGCCCUCUGUCCAAGCAAGACUGUGAGACCCUGCUGUUGAAGGAAGGAGUGGAUGGCAACUUUCUGUUAAGAGACAGCGAGUCUGUACCAGGUGUCCUGUGCCUCUGUGUCUCGUUUAAAAAAUUUGUCUACACAUAUCGAAUCUUCAAAGAGAAGAAUGGAUAUUACAACAUACAGACUGCAGAAGGUGCCAAAAAACAGACCUUUUCAAGCCUAAAGGAAUUGGUCUCCCGAUAUGAAAAACCAAAUCAAGGGCUGGUGGUACACCUUUUAAAGCCAGUAAAAAGAAGCAGUCCCUGCCUGAGAUGGAGACGCUCGAAAUUAGAUUUGGAAGAGACAUAUGAUGUGUACAGUGGCAACGAUUAUGUGCAUGUCUUGCCUUGAAGAUGAGAAAAUGUGGGGUGACAGUUCUCACAACAUCCCCACUUCUUC